AUGCUGAGCCGUUCACUGCGCGCGUCGGUCCUUGGCCGUGGGCGCAUUGCCCCUCUCACAAGGACUCGGUAUAUCCGAACUUUCGCUACUCCUUCCAAUCAUCCUCCAACCCCGGAGCAGAAGCCGAAGGACGAGAGGAGUACGGAGAAGUCAGCGGAAGAAGUUGGGAGAAAGGCUUCAGAGGAGGUUUCGAAGGAUGCCGAACAUAAACCAGAGCCAUUGAAGGGUCUUGAAGGCUUUUUUCAACGAUAUCACCAGCAGCAGUCUUCGCGGAAAGAGGACGAGCCCCACCGUGACGAGAAGGAGUCUAACAAACGACCUCCGCCGCCGCCGGACGGCAACAAUAAUGGCUUCAAUCCUAACCAGCUUGCUCUCCUUGCCACCACCGCCGCCAUAUUCUAUGCUCUUUCUAAUUCUACCACGACGGGGUCUCGUGAGAUUACCUGGCAGGAGUUCCGCACUGCUUUCCUCGACAAGGGCCUCGUUGACAAGCUGGUUGUUGUCAACCGAACCAAGGUGCGCGUCAAGCUUCACUCGAAUGCAACAGGCACCAUGUAUCCCUCCGCACCUGUGGGCGGCGGAGAGUACUACUUCUCGAUUGGCUCUGUCGAGGCAUUCGAACGCAAGCUCGACGAGGCUCAGAGAGAGUUGGGUAUUCCAUCGCAUGAGCGGAUCCCUGUCGCGUAUCACGAAGAGGUUUCAGCAUUCAGCUAUCUCCUCAAUUUUGGUCCUACCCUCUUGUUCGCCGGCGUCCUGUUCUACCUUUCGCGGAGAGCAGGAGGCUCAUCCAGCUCGUCGGGCGGCAUUUUCAACAUUGGAAAGAGCCGUGCACGGAUGUUCAACAAGGACACGGAUGUCAAGGUGAAGUUCAAGGACAUUGCCGGUAUGGAUGAGGCGAAGCAGGAGAUCAUGGAGUUUGUUUCUUUCCUUAAGGAACCCGCUCGCUAUGAGAAGCUUGGUGCGAAGAUUCCUCGUGGCGCCAUCCUCUCAGGUCCUCCAGGUACCGGAAAGACAUUGCUAGCGAAGGCCACUGCCGGCGAAGCCAAUGUGCCCUUCUUUUCCGUGUCUGGUUCUGAGUUCGUGGAGAUGUUUGUUGGUGUAGGCUCUUCUCGUGUCCGAGAUUUGUUCGCCUCAGCGAAGAAGAAUGCGCCGUCGAUCGUCUUCAUUGACGAAAUUGAUGCCAUAGGGAAAGCUCGUGGCAAGCGUGGCGGGUUCGGGGGUAAUGACGAGCGGGAGAACACCCUCAAUCAGCUUCUGGUGGAGAUGGACGGGUUCGGUACUCAGGAGCAUGUCGUCGUCCUCGCCGGCACCAAUCGACCGGAUGUUCUCGACCCUGCCCUGAUGCGCCCUGGUCGAUUUGACCGGCACAUAGCUAUCGAUCGCCCGGAUGUUGUUGGCCGUACGGGCAUAUUCAUGGUGCACUUAGGUCCCCUCAAGCUGUCGAAGAAGCUCCCCGAAGUGGAAACAUUUGCGCACAAGCUAGCUGUGCUUACUCCUGGGUUUUCAGGCGCCGACAUUGCAAAUGUUUGUAACGAAGGUGCUCUCCAUGCGGCUCGUCACGGACACGAAGCUAUUGAGGAGUCUGACUUCGAAAGUGCGAUUGAGCGAGUGAUUGUCGGGCUGGAGAGAAAGAGCAGGCUGUUGAGCCCAGAGGAGAAGAAGACCGUAGCUUAUCAUGAGGCCGGGCAUGCGAUAUGUGGAUGGUUUUUGGAACACGCAGACCCGUUACUCAAAGUUAGCAUCAUUCCUCGCGGUGUUGGUGCGUUGGGUUACGCUCAGUAUUUGCCCCCUGAUCGAUACUUGUUAUCGACACCACAAAUGCUGGAUCGUAUCUGCAUGACGCUUGGCGGCCGAGUCUCCGAGGAAAUAUUCUUUGGCACGGAGAACAUCACCACUGGUGCUCAGGAUGAUCUGCAGAAGAUCACCCGUAUGGCGUUUGAAGCUGUUGCUAACUACGGCAUGAACGAAGUUGUUGGGCCCGUAAGCUAUGGUGGUGCCAAGGCAACGGACGAGCGGUGGCAGAAGCCCUUCAGCGAGAAGACGGGAGAGAUGUUGGAUGCCGAAGUCCGCAAGAUGAUUGUGAAUGCGCACUUGCGCACUAGAGAUCUUCUGACAAAACAUCGUGAGGACGUCGAGAAGGUUGCGAAAUUGUUGCUAGAGAAAGAAGUAAUUACACGUGAGGACAUGAUCAACCUCCUCGGUCAACGUCCAUUUGCAAAUCGUAAGGAUGCGAUGGAUAAAUGGUUAGACGAAAACAGGAAUCAGGAGCGCAGUGCACCACCACCACUCGAGACACCUGACGAGCCCGCACCUGUACCCGCUACGUCACCAAUAGAUCAACCACGGUUAUAA